AUGAAACAGAGCGAGGAGGCGGCCGUGGCCAUCCAGGCCUGGUGGCGGGGCACCCUGGUGCGCCGGACGCUCCUGCACGCGGCGCUCCGAGCCUCGGUCAUCCAGCGCUGGUGGCGGCAGGUGCUGGCGCGGCUGGUGGAGGGCAGGCGGUGGGCGGCCCUGGAGCUGUUCGUGAGGAGGGAGCGGGCGGUGGUGAAGCUGCAGUCCUGGGUCCGCAUGUGGCUCACCCGGCUGCCUUACUGCCGCCUGCUCCACGCUGCGCGGAUCAUCCAGCUCUACUGGCGCUGGCACAACUGCCAAAGCCGGGGCUUUCUUCACGGCCAUUACGACAUCAAGGAGAACCAGCUGAACCUCCAACUCGAGAUCUCCCUGGGCUCGCAGGUUUGCAAAAUGCAACAGGCUACAUCCCUUCCAUUAAAAGAACCAUCAGGUCUGUAA